AUGAAUCCUUCAGCUCCAAACCCCAAUCACCUUCCCUUCCCGUACCCUUCUCAAAACCCUAAUCCUAACCCUAAUUUCCUCUCCCAACCCUUCCCCCACCCACCACCACCACCGCAAAUUCUUCUUCCAUCCACCACCACAACAACCACUCCAAUUCUUGAUCUUUCCAUCACCCUCUCCACUCUCACCAACCUCAUCUCUCUCACACACCAAACCCUCGCUUCCCUCUCUCCACAGGUUACCCUUCCAAAGCCUCAUAAUGCUAACUUUAUCCCUUGCCCUUUCAAUCCUCACCACCUUAUGCCACCAGAACCCCUCUUUCUCCACUCUCUUAACUGCCCAGUUCCUAUCUUUCAAAACCCAUCUUCCCUUUUUGACUAUCUUCACUACCCAAACACAAUUAACACUCAAGACCCGCAUAAAGAUUCAAACUUUACUCAAUCAAUACAAGACCCUAAUAAAAUUGAACUUUGUUUCUCGUUAGAUAGUUAUUACAAUGAGUUUAGUUCGCAUUUCUUUUACAAUGACUGCCACGGUGUUGUUAACUUAAAUGAUUUAGAUAGCUCGAAAAGAAUGUUUACAUUACCUGGUGUUUUGUUCGUUGAAUGUGUGAAUUUUGGGGCUAGUGGUGAGAGAGAGCAAAAGGAUUUCGAUAAAAAUGGGUUAAGAGUGUUGCCAUCUGAGUUGUGGGUAAUUAGGAGGGAGAUAGAGGGUUGGAUUGAUUAUCCGGGUGUAUAUUCCUAUAGUGUGCUUUGCUUGAUUUUGAGGUUGAAUUUGAUUAAAGGGAGUGAUUUGAGGAGAUGGGUUAUUGCUAAUUCUCCGCGUUAUGGUGUGGUGAUUGACGUUUAUAUGAGGGAUCACAUAUCUGUGCUUUUUAGGCUUUGUUUGAAGGCUAUUAGAAAGGAAGCAUUGAGCAUUGCUAGUUGUGAGAUGAAUGCGAAAUCUUUGAAAUGUCCAAUUUUAGUUCAAGUUUUGAUGUGGAUCGUAUCUCAGCUUUCCGUUUUGUAUGGUGAAGUGAAUGCGAAGUGCUUUGCUAUUCAUGUUUUAAAGCAGUGUGUAUUAGAGGCUGCCAAUGACGUAGUGUUGUCUCCGGUGGAGUCUAGUGUGACGGAAAGUCUGAGGGAUUUAGAAGCUAGUGAGGGUGAAAUGAAGGAUGUUAAACUUGCAGAACCUCCAGAAGGAAGUAGAGAGUGUAAAAUAGUCAAAGCAGUGGAUGAAAGUGAUGAUGGAGUGAUUUUUGUGUCCCAAGUGGCAGCUGCAGUUGCUGCAUUGCAUGAAAGGUCCAUACUAGAAGCAAAAAUCAAGGGAUUACGGUUUCCUCAACAACUACCAAGAUAUCAGCGGAUUGCUGAGCAUUCUUUUGUUUCAAAAAGAGCUGAUGAUGAGAGAAGCAAACGUCCCAAAUACAAAGCUAUUAUUGAGCAUGAUGGCCUUCCUCGAAAGCAAUCAUCUAACCAGGAAUCAAACAAAACAAAGACACGAGAGGAGUUAUUGGCUGAAGAAAGGGAUUAUAAACGCCGAAGAAUGUCAUACCGUGGAAAGAAGUUGAAACGAACAACUUUACAGGUGAUGAGAGAUAUAAUAGACGAAUACAUGGAGGAAAUCAAGCAAGCUGGGGGGAUUGGCCGCUUUGAGAAGGGUACUGAAGAGGAAGAGAUGUCUGCUAAUCCACCUUCUGCCCCUGAUGUUACUGUGAAUGAACUAAGAAAAGUCAAUAGCAACUCAUCUGAAGCAACAAGAACUACUUCGAACCACUACCAGAAGGAAUCACAUUCUGACCGUAAUUUUAGAUCUAAAACCUCCAAGGAUGUGUUGCCUCAAGAUUAUGACCAACAAGGACGAAGCAGUUAUGGGCACCAUGAAAAGGUAGAAUAUCGGAGAAGUGCCAACCAAGACAGACAUGGAAGAGAGUACAGCAGAAGUCCAGAGGGAAACAAAAGUCAUGCUCGGUUGCAUGUGCAGAGUGGUCACCAAAGAGGAAGAGAUGAAGCUAAAUUGACUAGAUCCAAGGAUCAUGAGAAACGGUCUUCGAGCAAGUCCUAUCGUGAUUAUAAGUCGUCAUAUUCUGGACUGGAAUCUGCAGAUAGUUUGCAAAUGGAUGAUCGGAAGUCAGAUGUAAGAGAUAGACAUCCAAGAAACUCAUAUGGCAAUCAUGGUUCUACUUCUAUGGCACGAAAUGCAUUUGAGGAUAGAUAUGAUCCUAAAGAAUCUCAUGAUGUGCAUGAGGAUGAUGUCUACACUGGCACUACAUAUGCCAGGGAAGAAGUUAACGAUUGA